AUGAAUAGCUUAACUCAAAAAUAAGAACAAGAAGCAUCCGAAACAAUAUGUAAAUCUCAUAAUCAAGAAUUAAUUGCAGUUGAUCUAAACUUAUCAGAUAAGGCAUAAAUAUAAUUCUUUUGUGGCAAAUGUUUAGUUGAGAAAAUUAAUAACUCUUAAAUAACCACUAUUGAGUAAUCUAAGGAGAGAAUCUAAUAAAUUAAGAUUUAAUAAAAAGAUAUCAAAUCUAAAGAGAAUCAAGCAAGACUCAACUAUUAUAAAAACAUUUUAGAUCAAAUUAUGGAUUUCAAAUAAUCCAUUGAUGAUUCUUUGGAGAAGAUGUAUAAAUAAAUAUAAUAAUACAUAUUCCCAAUUUAAAAAGAAAAAUAAGAAUUAUAAGAAUAUGAAUAAUAACUAAAUUACUUUGAGGAUAUAAAAUAAUUAUCUGAAUUGUAUUCUUAAGAGUAAUAGAAAUCACCAAAAUUAAUAGAGGAUAAUCAUUUUAUUAAUGAAAUAUAAAGACAAUUUGAACUUUUAUUCAAUAGCUCUGAAUACUUUUAGACGUUAGAUACAUUUAAGAUUACAAAAGAAAAAAUUAAAGACAUUAUGGAAAAUAAUGUAAUUUAAUUAAUUCCUUAAUUUAUAAUAAAAAAUGAUUCGGUAUCUUAUAUAUAAUAUAAAUAGAAAACACCAAGUUUAAGUAGAAUUUGUAGUAAUCAUAAAAAGGAAAUAAUUAUGAUUGAUAUGGAAUCUUAAGAUAAAAAAAUUGAAGAUAGAUUUGUAUGUGUUGAUUGCAUUUCUGAGAAUCCAAAUACAAAGUAUUAAACAAUUGAAAAUGUGGAUAAAUAAUGGAAGGAAUAUUACACGGAAACUGAUAGAAUUUUAAAGGAAUACAAAAAUGAUGGCAAAAAAAAAAAAUCUGAAUUAUUUAACUAAAUAGCAUUAAUGAGAAAGAAUUACAAUAAAAAAUUAGAUGAAAUAAGUGAUAAAUUAAUUUCAGAAUAAUUUUUAUGUAUGGAUAAAACAAAAUAAUCAAAUUAAAUAAAAAAUAUAUCACUAUAAGCAUUAGGUGAUGAAUAAUUGUUGAAGGAUUUAAAGUAGUUAAUUGAUAAGGAUAAAGAAAAAGUAUCAUAAAGCCAAAUAAUUACAAAUUAAAUUAAUAAAGACUCAAUUUUCAAAAAAGAUAUUUAAUAUCAUUUAGAAUCUUUACAAUAAUAUGAUUAACAAGAUAUUUAAGCAUCAUUGGAUAUAAUAAAGGAUAUUUCAAGUAUAAAUUUACUAAAUUGUUUAUAGUUGAAAAGAGUUUAAUUAAUUAACUAACUGAUAUGAUAUAAGAAAUUUUAAAAUGUAGUUAAAAGGAUGAAAACUACAAAAACCAAAUUAAUUUUAUCAAAGAUAUUUAAGAAUUAAUUGAUUAAGCUAAAAAAUAUCAAUGCUAAUUAAAUCUUUUUUAUUAGACUAUUACAGUUUAUUAAUAACUUGUUUAGAAUAUAGAAAAAAAUCUCUAAAAUAUUUAGCUUAAAUAGUAAGAUCAAACAGUGAAAUCAGAAUAAUUAAAGUCCUAAUAUUCUAAACUAUUGAAUAUUUUGAAUGAAUAUGCAAAUACAUUUGAUAAUCAUAGCAUAGAAUUGAAAAAAUAUAGUAGCAUUAAAUAGUUAGAGAAUAGCAUCAAAUAGUUGGAGAAUGAUGUAAUAAAAUUAACAGAAUCUAAUAAAAAUUUGGAAACUGAAAGUAAUGCUAUAUAAUUUUAUAUAGAAAAUAAUUUAGUUAAUUCAAUGUAAGAGUCGUUUAAUUAAAAAUUCAAUGAGAUAAAUCAAACAUUAGAAUAAAAGUAAAAAGAAUAAAAAAAUAUGAAAGAAUAAUAUGAAUAAACAAUUAAAGAUAAUAAAAAGUAAUAUGAGUAGGAGAAAUAAGAAAUGAUGAAUAAAUUCGAAGAUGAAUGUAAUAGAUUUUGAUAUUAUUUUAUCAUAGAAAAUAAUAUAAAAUAGGAAUUUAAUCAAAAUUUAAGUUAAAAAAUAUCAGAAUUAUAAGAAACAUUAACCAAACUUGAGUAAAUUAAUAAAGUUAAGUUAGAAUAAGAAAAAUUGAAUAAAAAUCGAAUUAGAAAAAGUAUAUUUAUAAUCAAUUUAUUAAAUUAUAUUUAGAUUCAAUUAUUUAGCAAAUCAUUAUCAUUUUCAGAUACUUAUAGGCAUAAUUAUUGUUAACUAAGUGUAGAUGGAAAAGUUUUAGCAGAUACUAGUAAUAACGGUUAUCAUUAUUAUUGUCAUUGUGAAUAAGCAAUUCCAAAGACUGGGAAAACAUAAUUUGCAUUUUAAAUGAUAAGUGGAUCAUAUGUUAUGGUUGGAAUAGGAUUUAGAGAAAUUAUGCAGAAAAAUAAUUAUACUUCUUGUUAUUAAACUGGGUAUGGAUAUAUAUUUAUAUUAUAAUAGAACAUAUUUAAUCUCAAAUAGUGGUAUUACUUAUUCUCAUCAUAACAAUGAUCUAUAAAGUAAAUAAGUAUCUUUCAAAUUUAAAAAUAAUGAUAUAAUAAUAAUUGAAGUAUGUAUUGAACAUAAAUACAUUAAAUGGAGUAGAUUGAAUAAUCCAUAAUUAACAUUUAUUGUUGUAAAUAUAAUAUCGAUUAUUAGUAGUUGGAUAUAGAUACAUCAAAAGAAUUAUAUCCAUGUGUGGGUGUUGGUUGGGAAUCUAAAAUAAAAUUAUUGGAUAAUAUACCAAUUUAAUCAUGA